CCAAGAAAGAAACAAGAGUACUUUUAUUUCAUUUUGGCCCUUCAAUAUUUCCUCCAUUCUCUUGCUCUCCAAAUCCUCAUGGAGUGGACCAGAGAAGCCACUAUAGGCUGCGGCUCAACCGCCACGGUCUCCCUCGCCACCGCCACCCACUCCGGCGAGCUAUUUGCCGCCAAGUCCACCGAGCUUUCCCACUCCAAGUACCUUCAAACAGAGCAAUCAAUUCUCUCCAAGCUAAAUUCGCCUUACCUAGUAAAGUACAUUGGCUUUGACAUCACAAGAGAAAACAGCCAGUUUUACUACAAUCUCUUCAUGGAGUACCUUCCUCGCGGCACGCUUCACGAUGAAAUUCGGAGGCACGGAGGGAGGCUAGAAGAGGCCAUGAUCAGAAGAUACACGCGGGACAUCCUACAAGGCUUGGAAUAUCUCCAUGAAAGUGGGGUUGUCCAUUGUGACAUAAAGAGCAGCAACAUCUUGAUUGGGGAAAAGAAUGCCAAGAUUUCUGAUCUGGGUUGUGCUAAGUUUUUCGAGAAAGUCUCGAAAAUCGGAGAUUCUCACAUGGUGGUGUUUUCCGGCACACCAAUGUUCAUGUCACCAGAAGUGGUCGUCGGUCAAGACCAAGGGUUUGAAGCAGAUAUUUGGGCUCUUGGCUGCACAGUCAUUGAAAUGGCCACAGGGAAGAAUCCUUGGCCUGAAGUUCAUGACCCCAUUUCGGCUCUUUACCGGAUUGGAUUCUCCGGUGAGUCGCCGGAGAUUCCGAGAUGGUUGUCUCAAAAGGGUAGGGAUUUUUUGGAGAUAUGUUUGAGGAGAAAUCCUAACGACAGGAUGGCAGCUAAAGAGCUUCUAAAACAUCCAUUUUUUGAGGACUUGGAAUUUGCUUCUUCUUCUUCUUCUUCUUCUCCAAGGAGUGUGUUUGAUCAAAGUGUUUGGGACUCCUUUGAAGCCAUGGAAAGUUCUUCUGAUCAUGACGGAGUUUCUUCUUUAAAUUCUGCAGCUUCAAGAAUGGAGAGUUUGAUUGGAUGUGAACCCAAUUGGAUUUGGGAUGAAGAUUGGAUCACUGUUAGGAGUAAUGUCAAGGAGGAAAGUGAAAAUCUUUGUGACAAUGAGGGUGUAAAUGUAAUUUUGGAUGAUAAUAUUUCUGUCGUUUAUGGCCUAGAGAUGUCGUUUUUAGGUGUUCAUGAGGUAGAGCAUGACAGCUCACUGUUUGAAAUUAUUACACGCCCUGUUGGUGUUAGUAGAAAGAGAGGAUUUGUAAUAGCAUUUGACAGUGUAGAAAAUGAUGUCGUAUGUAGAAACUUGAAGUUCAAGGCAGAAAAUGAAAACUAUUUGUGUUUAAGUGUUUCUAUAAAAUAUAUGUGA